AUGGAGGGAGCCUGGGAGUUCGGGGGCGAGGGUUAUCAGUUUGAGGGUAGGUGUUGUGGAUGGGAGGUUGUAGAUGCUUUCUGGGCUGCUGCUGCUGCUGCUGCUGCUGCUGCUGGUGCUGCUGGGGUCGAAGUCGACGAAGUAGGACGAGUUGUGCGCGCCUUUCUUGGACGGGUGCAGGUACGGUCCCUCGGCGUGGGCGCCGAGGAGGGAGGCGCCGUUCGCGAAGGCGCGGUUAUUAUGGAGUGA